GCGUGUGUGAGUCCGAGAGCGCGCGCUUGACGGUUUUCGGAAUUUCGCGCGAGAUUUUUUUUCGGGCAUAAUCGUCACUAAUUACUAGGUGUGUUUUUUUAAGUUUCAAGAAACUCGGGAAAAAGGUUACAAUUGAACGCGAUCGACGAAACUAUAAAAACAGAUGCAAAGAGCGUUUGGUGACCGGAGUAUUGAUUGACAGGUUGGGCCAAACUGUCAGUGAGACCGGAAGUGGUUCCUUGAUUUGCUUACGGGAUCGGGAUGUUACAACAUUGAAGGUGUGUCAAAACAAGGUGCAAGUUAUUACCAGAAAUCAAAAUAUUGAAGAAGGUGGUUUGGGGACCGGUUAUGACGAACAGUCAACGGGGCCGGAAGUGCGUUGGGAACGGAACAAAACAUGUGCCAAUAAAUGUUGGAGAGAGCAAAAUAUUGAAGAAUCUUUAACCUGAAAUUCCUGCAAAAGGACAGGUCAGUGAUAGCUAGUACGGUAGUGACGAGCCGGGCGUCGGUCAGAAGAUGGAGCAGGUCAUCAGCUGGAGUGAAGUGAAGAGCUUUCUCCCCGGUUAUCAGCUGGAGUGCUAAGUGAGUGGGGGUGGCACGUGUCCCGAUACAGCCCCCUCCACGCUAUCGAUUCCCGUUUAUCGCGUGGUCGCUGGCUUCCGUUGAUGGAUGAUUUAUUAUAGAACCGUUUCCCGUGGCAUCGGGCCAGCAAAGUUUUCAACACACGGACCAGAGAGUGAGGGAGAGAACGUGCAGGCUGGCCGGAUCCGGAAGUGGGAGGAAGGCGACUCGCACAUACACACACGAGUGGGAGUGGGAACGAGCUCACCGAGGAAAAUCGGUGCAAGGUGCAGCAGCAGUUGUUGUGAUUAGAGUUGCCGGGAUAGAGGAAAUCCAGGCGCAGGAAGCAGGAAGAGAUCAUUUUGCAAGUGUGUCUAGAGAAGGAGGAAAAGCAAAAGUUUUGCUCUGUUUUUUAUUGGUUUAAUUUUUCGCGCUCGAUGAGCAGCGGCGUGAUUUAAGUUUCCGUUCGAUGAGCUGAAAAUUAAAAGAAAGUUUUUUUCCCCAAAGGGAAGGAAUGAAAUUAGUGCACAGGAAAAGUUUGUCCGAGUGAGAUUGUUUUCGUUCAGUUUGGUUUAUUUGUUUUUUUUUUUCGCUCCGGCAUCGAGAAAUCGGAAAAUCGCAGCUCCUGAUUCCGGCGUCGAGCAACGAACAAAUAACAAAACCGUGUCUCGUCAGUGGUAGUGACCCCAAGUUCAGUCGUCUGUCCUGACCCGGGGAACAACCCCCGGGAACCCGCGCCACGGUGGCCACCGGUCGGACACUCCAGCCCAGCCCAAGCCGGCGUUAAGGGCGCAGUGUGGUGGUGAUCGUCGACCAGUCGGCGCCGUCGUUAAUGUGGGAAAUGUUGGACCUGGACCUUGACUGUGGCCAGGACGAGUGCGGCGGCCCGGGACCACCUCCGGAGUUUCUGAUUCCUCCGCCGCCGCGGCCCCCCUUCCUGGCGGAACUGGCCAACUGCAACGAGGACGGCGCGGGCGGGGCGGUCGCGGCGAUGCUCGGAGGUCCGGGGGCCGGUCCGUUCGGGGCGAUCGCCGACGGGGCGGCCAUGUGCGAGGCGAUACCGAUCCUCGACGCGAGCUACCACAGCAGUCCAUCGUUCCAAACGUCCGCCGUGAUAGUGCUCAGCUCGGUGCUGCUGCUGUUAGUCAUCUUUAUCUCGUCGUUACUAGUGUGGAAACACAAGCGGAAAGUGCAGAACUUCCUGCCGUGCAAGACGCCAACCCGCGGCGGUCCGGCGCACCAUCUGGACGCAACAGGUGUGCAUUCGGCGGCGCACUCGGUGACGUACGAGGACCCGGACGUCCACCUGGGGCACCAUCCGCUGGUGAUGCGGCAUCAUCACCACCACCACCACCAUCACAACAUGGAGCAACUGCACCACCCCAAGCAGCUCCACUACCCGAGCGGCUACCCGAUGCCUCGCUCGCCGCCCCUCUUUAUCUGCUCCUCGCCGGGCCCGGACCCGUACCGCUCGCACGACAACGUGUACGAAGAGCUGGAACAUCCGGCUGCGUCGCCACCGGGCGUAAACGCAACCCCUGCCGGCUGUGACAGUGACUCCGAACCCGGUGGUCUGGUCAACGGAGGCAUCGCUGCAAUCCACUCCGACGACGACUUUGCCGAGGACGAGUUGAGCUUGAACGGGGAGCAGCAACAGCAGCGGUCCUUCCACAAAUCGACGGAUGUUGGCACGGGGACUGCUGCGACGACGACGACCGUGGCCACAAUCUACCACGAAAGUAGUGGGGAUUUGGAGCGGAACCGGACGGAGCGGAACUCGCUGCUGUCGUGUUCGGGGUCGUCGUCGGCGGGGAAUGACCACGGGGGGACGGUCAACAAUAGGAACUCGAGCUCGAGUGCGGAAGGGGCGAGCAGUUCUUCGAGCGGGAACAACAACACCGCGGCGGCGAGCAGUAAGGUUAGUCACAACCCGGGCGGAGGUUUGUUCCGUUCUAGGAAGCAAGCUUCGACGCUGGGCAGCGGUCGAGGCAAGCGUCACGUUCCGGCGGAUCCGCCCUGCGAGAUGGGCAUGACGCCGAUGGCGUACGACGAGCGGGCCAUGAUGACGCUGCCGCCUUCGUACGCGGCCAACCAUCCGGCCCACCUGAACAGCAUCAACAACAACAACCACAACAGCUGUGUGAGCAAUAGCAAUAGUUUGAACAAUAACGUAAGAAGCAAUUACUACAGCACGAUCGACGACGAGGGCGAGGUCGAGCGGCGGAACCGCAUCAACGCGCAGCUGUCGGCCGACACCGCUGUGUCCACCAUCUUCCGGGGAGGUCGACCUCCGUACAGCAACAAUCACCACAGCCAUCACCAACAGCAGCCCAGCAGUCGAUCCCGGACCAACCCGCGCUCGCUGGACCGGCGGAGAUACCUCCAAAACAACAACCCCCCGGCGCUGACGACCCCCAACGGCAACUCGGCGCAAGACCCCUCCCAGUACAUCUACCACGAGCCCGUCUUCCACGAGGGACUCAUCUACGACGGGUGUCUUUCGUACAGUGACCGCAGCAGCGGCGGCAGCACCGGUCCACCCUACCCGUACGCCCUCCCAGCGCCGUUCACGACCUUCCGGAACGGUCCCAACUCGGCCGUCCCCAACCAGGUUAUCUACUCCCGGGACAGCAGCUUCGGGUCCGACUCGGGCUACAGCCAGCACACGCAGGCGUCCAACCGAAGCGGGAACGCAAACUGGACCCGAAACCGACUGCCGCCGCCCCUCAACCGGCCACCCCUGUGCGAACCCCACGCGGCCCGGGACUCUUGAGACAAGGAGGACUCGGCGACUGCGGCGCUAACGCUCGCCGUCCGGCGGCUCGUUUACGGCAAGAUUCUGAUUUGAGAGCGACCGGGACUCAAGUGAAACCAACCCCCGGUGGACGACAACCCCCUUUUACAAAAUGUGAUUUUAAUUUAUAAAACAAAAAGUCCUCCUUUGUGUACAGAAAAAAAACGUGUGUAAAAAGUUACGAUUAGUCCCCCCUUCAAGAAAGACUGUUGACUUAGAUAAGUUUUUGAAUGCCUCCCUCGCUCUUCAGAAUUACAGUAAACAAAAAAAGCUACCCUAACUUAUGAAAAUGAAAACAGUGAGCGCGAGCGUGUAAUCAGUAAAAGUAGUACUUAACCUCGAAACAAUCAACAAUAAAGAGAAAAUAGAACGAGAACAAAGAGAGAGCACAACAUUGAAUCCUAAUUCGAAAUAAAAUAAAUAAAACAAAAAUAAAAAAAAGUCAAAUCAAAACCCUGUUCAAAUCGAAUCAGAAGAACGUAACUCCAGUGGUUGUAAUUACAUUUUAAUGAAAGAAAAAUUGAGGAAAACGAACAAAGUCGUCUUUAUCGGAAAAACUGUAAAAAAAACGCUGUAAGGUUUUUUUUAUUAUAAAGAUUCCAAUUUAAAAAAGGUUUUUGAUUCCUCAGUUUAAGGGAUCUUUGGACAAAUUUGACGAUUGAUAAUUUAUUCUUACUACACAAAAUAAAUAAUUAAAAAAAACUAUUGAUCCUUGCACUGUAACUUGGAUUUGGCCCGCACUUUUCUCUCGCACUUUUGACAACAAAAUUUUUGAAAAAUAGGCAACCAGCAGUUGUUUGUUUACAUUUCCAGUUGCAGUUUCCACCAAACUGGACAUUCGUACUUCAAAAUUGCGAUUGACAGGUGAGCAACAUCGGCUCGCUUUGAUCAUUUUUUGAGAAAAUUAAAAUUUCCCAAACCAGUUUGACAAGUCGCAAUAGUGCGAUCGAUAGCAAUAAUUUAGUGCGAAGUCCAAGUUAGUGAGAAUUGCGCAAUAGUUUGCAAUUAUUUUUUUCCAGCUUUUCUCCACUAAAAAUUAAAAAAGUUCACUAAAAAUUAAAAUAUUUAUUCGAAAUUUUCAAUUUCGGUAUUUUUUAUUUGUUUAAACCUUGUACAUGCUUCUCUACGUGGAAAAAGAAGUAGAAAGAAAUCACUUUUCAAAAUGAAAAUCGCUAUCUUGAGAAGAGAUUGUUUGAUUGAAUUGGUGUCUUCGGCAAAGUUGUAGGUUACGGAAAGGACUUUUAAAAAAUACGCACGUGAAAUAAAUUGCACGGUUUUUGGUUCAAUUUUUGAUUGAAAAUUGUGAUUUUUGGAAAAUUUCGAAUGAAUUCAUAUAAAAGUGCACCGUUUUCAACACAGGUACUUUAAAAUCAAAUAAAAUGAUAAUUUUAAUUGCAAGAUUUUUCCUGAAGUAAUACCAUAAAUAUUUCUGAAAGCUAUGAAAAUUUUCUUUAAAAUAUUGUUUUUCAACUAUUAGUUGCUGGGGCACAACCCCAUCGAUCUUUUUUGUUUAAAAAAAAAGUAAUUUCCAGUUUUACCCAAUCAAAUCGCAAUAUCUCUGUUAGCCGUUUCUUCAAAAAACAAACUCAGUUUAAAAAGUAAGUGUUAAAAACAGACAUGUAUCGGCUUUAUUUUAAGUGAUGAAAAAUUACACGAGAAAAAUGUCUUUUCUAAACAGGGGUUGGAAAAAUUUCUAUUAAAAACUAGUGUUUAAAAAAUAUGAAAAUAUUACUUUAUGAUAUAAAGACACCUUUUUUUUAUUUAGACUGCUUAAAAUAUUUAUAAAAGUUUAUGUCGAGUUAAAACUGAGUCAGCAAUUUUUUUCAAUUACAGUCCAGACCUAGGUCCAGAAGCCUCGGAAGCGCUCUUUUUUGCAGUAAAAAUCGACAAAUAGGAUGAAAAUAAUACCGAAUCCUUUGAAUGCCUAACAAAUGAGCAUUUCCACUGUUGUGCAAUUGUCCAGAAUUUAAUGAAAAUUUAAAGAGGUUGCUUAAAAUACUGGUCAUAUCUUCGAUUUGUUUUCAAAAGGACAAAACAGCCAUUUGUAAAAAAAAACCUUUUUGAAGGUUUUUGCACUUGCAGUUCUCACAAAAACUAAGGAAACUGAUGAGAACCAAUCAAGGUUAGCGAACAUUUAAUUUUUUUUGUUAAAAGGCGACUGAGCGCUUCGUUCGCCUUCACUUCGUAAACCUGACUUUCUUUCCUUUUUUUUCGACGCAAAUUCACUCACACAGUCGUAAUACGACUCUCGCCACCUCUCACAAUCGCGCAAAGCUCGUUCGGUUGAAUUCUAUAGAAAUUUCCUAUCACCAUCCCCAUGACAGCAUUCAUAUGAUAGCUGUCACCUCACUAACCAGCACAAGCAAGAGAGAGAUAGAAAAAAAAGAGAAAGAGGAAUGGUUGUUUGACUGUUGAUCAAUCAAUCUCUCGUGUCAACCGAAUAUAUCAAUCUCUCGUGUCAACCGAAUAUAUCAACCGAAGUUCGGCUCGAUGAUGAUAGCUGACUCUUGAGCUCUUUCAAAUGUCAGCAAUUCCUGUUAUUGUCCGUUUGAGCAUUGGUCCUGAUUGCCCCAAAAAGACUCAUUCACUCGCGGUCACAAAUCAAACGCGACGAAAAACUGCUCCGACCGUUUCCUACCGUUUGUCACUUCCACACCAAUCGCUACUGAAAACUCUCUCCUUCGCUAUCCCUCUCACUCCAUUCGGGUAGUGCAGCGAAUGGCUCAGAGAGGCUGAUUGCGCUUUGUCGUUCAAAGCGGACUGAAAAAAGUCUGCGAUCGGCUUUGUUUUGAUCAUUUAUUAAACUGAUUUAAAUCAAUUUUUUCAAAAAUAUUUUACAAAUUUGAUAAUAAUUUUGACAAACUGUGGUAGUGUAGGCCAAAAGAGAACCGCGUUGUUUUUUUGUUAGUUUCUCUCCUCUCCUUGUAUCGCUGGGUGAAGCGAUUGACCAAGACGCUGGGAGUUAGCGAGUCGUGUUCGGUCACGAAUCUGUUUCUUUAUUUCAAUUUUCAAGAAUUGUAAUAUCAUUGAAGUGUUUUGACACUUGUUUGAGUUGUUCGUGCUAUUUUUAAUGUUUUGAUGAUUAAUGAUUGAUGAUUCAAGAUAUUUUUGAGUGCUUACAUAAAAUAAUUGCAAAUUUAAAAUUAUUAAUUACCUACGUCUUACAUUUCCAGAUAUCCCUUACAUUGAGAAGUUUAAACUGCUGAUACCAAGCUAUUUCUUUAAAAAAAAUUAAGAAGCUUUUGUU